AUUGUUUGUUUUUUCAAACUCUGACUACUUCGACCAAUAACUUGCGGAGCGCGCGAGCUCUCUCUCUCUCUCUCUCUCUCUCUCUCCAACCCCCUUAUGUCUGGUAUCUGAUUCUGCCUUUAAUUCUGUAUCUGGGUUUCUUUUUUCUUUUUUUUUUGGUCAAACGGAAUAGUGUAUCUGGGUUUCGAUUCGUCUCCGAUUCAUGCACAAUCAGUCCUUGGACCAUCCGACGCUUCAUCGACGGCGGAAAUUUGAGUCCUGUGGCCCACUGUAGUCGGAAGCCCUAAUUUGCUCGUUGGAAUUCGGAGGUGUCCGGCCAGCUUACGUGCACCUCAACUGAUCCACAACUAGUUCUGAAGUGCAUUUAGUUGGGUUUACAGUUCUGGUUGUCAAUAGAAUUCAAUUGAUUGAGAAACUAGUGGGCACAAGUUCUUUGCUGGUUGAGGCAAAAAGCUUCUUUGUCUGAAUUGAACUCUUUAUCCCUCCUUUUAAUGCCAGACCUUAAAGAACGUCUGCUCCCACCAAAGCCUGCGUCAGCUAUAAAUCUCAGAGACCCAUCUUAUCGACCUUCUGCCUCUGGACGCCAACCUUUUCACGGUGUGGAUUUUCUUGGCCUGAAAAAGCGCGGCCAAGGACCUCGAUCAUGGAUUCGUGUUGAUGCACUUGGAAACUCCCAAGUCAUUGAAGUUGACAAGUUCACUAUGAUGCGCCGUUGUGAUCUUCCUCACCGCGAUUUACGCCUGCUUGAUCCUCUAUUCGUUUACCCUUCAACAAUCCUUGGAAGAGAAAAGGCCAUUGUUGUAAAUUUAGAGCAGAUUCGGUGUAUUAUCACAGCUGAUGAGGUUUUCAUCUUGAAUUCGCUUGAUAACUACGUAUUGCAGUAUGUGGUGGAGCUGGAACGGCGACUGAAAACUGCAGGGGCGCAUGAGGUUUGGCAGUCAGAAGGUACUGACUUGAGCAGGAGGAGAGGAAGUAGGAGUUUCGACAAUAUGUUUGGGAGCAUGUCACCUGAUUACUUGCCCUUUGAGUUUAGGGCUCUUGAAGUUGCUUUGGAGUCUGCCUGUACAUUUCUUGAUUCUCAGGCAGCAGAAUUAGAAAUUGAAGCAUAUCCUCUGCUAGACGAAUUUACAUCGAAGAUCAGUACCUUAAAUUUGGAACGUGUGCGCCGACUGAAAAGCAGACUUGUUGCCUUAACUCGGCGAGUUCAGAAGGUUAGAGAUGAGAUAGAGCAGCUGAUGGAUGAUGAUGGAGAUAUGGCUGAAAUGUAUCUCACUGAAAAGAAAAGGCGAACAGAAUCAGUUUUCGGUGGUGAUCAAUCUCUAAUGGGGUACCGAUCAACUGAUGGUAUGCAGACUGCGUCUGCUCCUGUUUCUCCUGUUCCUUCACCUCCAGAGAGUAGAAAGCUUGAGAAAAGCUUGAGCAUUGUUAGAAGCCAACAUGAGAGCAUUAGGAGUACUGAAAGUACUACAGAAAGUAUUGAAGAACUGGAAAUGUUGUUGGAGGCUUAUUUUGUUGUCAUUGACAGCACCCUCAACAAGUUGACAUCACUAAAGGAGUACAUUGACGACACUGAAGAUUUCAUUAACAUUCAGCUGGAUAAUGUUCGAAACCAGCUUAUACAAUUCGAGCUGCUGCUCACAACUGCGACAUUUGUCGUUGCCAUCUUCGGAGUGGUAGCAGGGAUAUUUGGCAUGAAUUUCACAAUUUCAUGGUUUGAUGUCCCGGGUGCAUUCAAGUGGGUCCUGAUAGUCACGGGAGUAACUGGGGCUGUCAUAUUUUCUUCAUUCUUGUGGUUUUUCAGGUAUAGAAGAUUAAUGCCGCUAUAGACGGAGAAGGAAAUUGCAGUUACUCCGAACGCACAACUGAUGGAUAUACAUGUAUUAUUGUUGUCAUCAUUUACUUGGGUACUUUAGACGAAAGGGAAGAUAGGGAAUGAAAAUUUGACUCCCUUGAGAGAGAUUCUUUUUAUAUGAUUGGAGUCGCAUAAUUUGGUUGUAUAGAAUCUUUCCUGGUUGGCUUCCUCUUGUUUUCUGUAAAUUGAAAGAUUUUCCUCAAUGUGUAUAAGACUUCAAGUCCUCGACGAA